AUGGUCAAAUCAUAUCUAAAAUUUGAGCAUUCAAAAACUUUUGGCCUCGUCACUUCGGCUUCUUCGAAUGCCGUCUGGACCAAAGACGAAGAUGUCCCAGGUACUGAACGGCGCACAGGUGCAGGCCGGGCUAUAGUCGGCGCAAAUGAAGAAGUUCUCUGCUGGGAUGUGAAAAAAGGUGAACUGUUGGGUCGCUGGCGAGACGCAGAUUGCAAUGCCCAAGUUACUGCGAUUACACAGAGCAAAUCGGAUGAAGAUAUCUUUGCUGUUGGAUACGACGACGGAAGUAUUCGGCUAUGGGACUCGAGAAUGAACAAUGUCAUCAUAUCCUUCAAUGGUCACCGAAACGCAAUCACACAGCUUGCCUUUGACCAGUCCGGCGUUCGGCUAGCUAGUGGCUCGAAAGAUACGGAUAUCAUCGUGUGGGAUUUAAUUUCAGAGGUUGGAUUGUAUAAACUUAGGGGCCAUACGGACCAAGUCACAUCAUUGAAUUUCCUAUCGCCGACCGAUGAAGCGAACGCUGGCUUGACGGACCCGAGCGAAACCGGCGGGUUUUUGCUUUCCACCGGCAAGGACUCGCUGAUUAAGAUAUGGGACCUUUCUUCACGCCACUGCAUUGAAACUCACGUCGCUCAGAGCAAUGGCGAGUGCUGGAGCCUGGGUCUGUCGCCUGACCAGACCGGUUGCAUAACGGGAGGAAACGACGGAGAGUUGAAGGUGUGGUCGAUCGACGAACAGGCUAUGCAGGAAAUUGCCAAAGAAAGAGAAGGCUAUGAGAACAAGAAGAUCCUUAUUGAACGAGGAAGCUUUUAUCGACAAAACAAAGAUCGAACAACUGGCAUUACUUUCCAUCCUCGCGCAGACUACAUCGGCAUGCACGGUGCAGAAAAAGCUGUGGAAAUAUGGCGCAUUCGGUCAGCAACUGAAGUACAGAAGAGCAUUGCAAGGAAGAAAAGGAGAAGGAAGGAGAAGGAAGCUGCAGAUGGAGGCAACGUCGAGGACAAGGAUGAAGCCGAUGACAACACGCCACCCCCUAUCACUGAAGUAUUUGUGCCACAUGUCAUUGUUCGCACUACAGGAAAGCUUAAGUCUUUUGCUUGGAUAAAAACAAAGGCUUCCGGCGAUCUACAGAUCUUGACAGCGACUACAAACAAUGAGAUCGAAACCUACCGCGUUGUGGCGGCUGGGAAGAAGAAAACCAAGGAUACCGAGGAAGUCGAGUACAGUCGCAAUUUCGCGGUUGAUUUACCGGGACAUCGGACGGAUAUACGGUCUUUGGCUUUAAGCUCCGAUGACAGAAUGCUGGCAUCGGCAUCCAAUGGUACCUUGAAGAUCUGGAACGUACGAACGCAGAGUUGUCUGCGAACACUUGAUUGCGGUUAUUCUCUUUGUUCCUCUUUUCUUCCCGGUGACAAGAUUGUUGUGACCGGUAACAAAAACGGCGAACUCGAGGUGUUUGACAUUGCCUCUUCGACACUCCUUGAUACGAUCAAAGCACAUGAGGGCCCAGUAUGGACAUUGCAGGUUCACCCCGAUGGAAAAUCCAUGGUGACCGGCAGUGCAGACAAAACCGUCAAAUUUUGGGACUUUAAAGUGGUGCAGGAAGAAAUCCCCGGUACGAAGAGGACAACACCGAAGUUGAAGCUCGUGCACAGUCGAACAUUGAAGGUCUCAGACGAUGUUCUCAGUGUACGUUUCUCCCCAGACGAAAAGCUCCUUGCAGUUGCGCUACUCGACAAUACUGUCAAGGUAUUUUUUGUCGACACAUUGAAGUUGUUCUUGAAUCUUUAUGGUCAUAAGCUGCCUGUUCUCAAUAUGGACAUCUCAUACGACAGCAAAAUGAUUGUCACAUGUUCUGCUGAUAAGAAUGUCCGACUCUGGGGCUUGGACUUUGGCGACUGCCACAGAGCUUUCUUUGCGCAUCAGGAUAGCAUCAUGGCAGUAGCAUUCAUGCCUAACAACAACGAAGGAAACGGUCACAACUUCUUCAGUGCUAGUAAAGAUCGUGUGAUCAAAUACUGGGAUGGAGAUAAAUUCGAGCAAAUCCAAAAGCUGGAAGGUCACCACGGAGAAAUCUGGGCACUCACUAUGAGCCAUUCAGGCGAGUUCCUUGUCAGUGCUAGCCACGACAAGAGCAUUCGCGUAUGGGACCAAACAGAUGAGCAAAUCUUUUUGGAAGAAGAGCGUGAGAAGGAGUUGGAAGAGCUAUAUGAAAACACCCUUACCACAUCCCUUGAAGACGAAGAGAACGGCGAGGAGAAAGCCGAAGCCGUUGAUGCCAACAAGCAGACUGUCGUUACCCUCAUGGCCGGUGAAAGAAUCAUUGAAGCGCUCGAUAUGGGCAUGGAAGACUUGGAAGUUAUGCGCCAGUGGCGGGAGACCAAAGCCAGAAACCCAAAUGCAGCACCACCACAGAGAAAUCCCGUGUAUUUGGCUUUGGGUAACCUCACAGCAGAACGGCAUUUACUCAAUAUCGUUCAAAAGAUCCCCGCCGCUUCACUCCAGGAUGCCUUACUCGUGCUUCCAUUCUCUAAGCUCGAAGCCCUUUUCACUUUCCUCGAAAUAUGGGCCAGUCGCCAGUGGGAAAUCCCAUUGACAUGCCGUAUACUAUUCUUCAUGCUCAAGACACACCAUCGCCAAAUCGUUUCCAGCAGGUUCAUGCGACCUAUGCUUGACAGAAUCCGAUCGACACUCCGAGAGGUUUUAGCAAAACAAAAAGACGAAAUGGGCUUCAAUCUUGCUGCUCUGCAUUUCAUCGGCGAUCAGAUCCGUGAGCAGGGAAGCAAGAGUUACAUUGAUGUCGAUAAAUGGGAGGAUAAGCAGGUCUCGACAACCUCCACGGGUGUCAAGAGAGGGUUUGUGAGUAUUGCUUGA